AUGCCUUCGAGGCAAAAGGAACAAGAAAGAGUCUUCGGAGAUUCCUGGGGCUUCAGAGAGACGAGAUACUGGGCGUUCCCGGAGUGUCUCCAAGCAAGUAUGUCUGUCUGUCUGUCUGAAGCCUGGCAUCGGAGACAGACGAAAGUGCGAGAAUCCUGUCCUCAGAAUCCAGAAACCCCGGCUCCAGAACCCAGGAAUCUCGUCUUCAGAAUCCGGGAAUUCCGUCUUCAGAAUCCAAGAAGCUCCGAGGCAGAAACAGAAUCUAAGGAUAGAGAUCUACUCCCAGGACAUCCCCAUCGACCUUCUUCGCCCGUUGCAGCACUUCGUUGGAUCUUGGCCUUCUUCCCUCGGCUCGGAAGCUUUUUGAAGUCCAGACAGGAUCUACAACGGUGCGAAAUCGUGGCCCGACAUCUGGAAAAGGAACUGGAAAAGGUCCAUUCAAAUCUUGGAUUUUUCCAGUGUCUUAAAACUCUCAUGACUGAAAAGGUUGGUCACAUUUGCCUGUUUUCUGCUGUGUGUCUGACCUUGGGAGCCAUUUCUUUACUGAAGAGAUUCGUAUGCAGUAAGAAGCAGGAAACUGAAUUGGAAGAAGACGACCUUGAAUUAGAUUGGUCGUCUCUAGAAUCGGAGGAAAUUGAGGAAUUACAAUUAAUGGAAGAAAACGCUCUUCUCAAGAGACAGAAAGAGGAGUUAGAAGCUGAGAAUGGACGCCUCUGCAGGAAGAUUGACGUCCUCCAGAAAAAGAGAGAGAUUCAGCUGCCCACGAGAGAGGAAGCAGUGGUCGAAGGUCAGCCAAAACCAUCAGAACCUGCACAGUCCAACAAGGAACUGGAAGCAGAGUAUGACCCUCUUGUCUUCUCUGAUUACGAAGCCCUUCAGAGCCAAAGGGCGCAAGAGAAUGAAAGGGCCAAGAAGACCAUCGAUGACCUCCAGGAAAGUAAUGACCAGCUGCUGAUGGAAAUAGCCGACAAAGAUGCAUUGGCUCAACAACACCUUAAGAAAGCCGAGGAUCUGCAGGAAUCUGUUAGCCUGUUGAAAGAGGAGCUGGAAAGGACUAAGGAACAAAACCGAGCCAAUAUCGAGAUUCAAUCCCGGCUACUGAAAGAAAACGAAGAGUUAAAGAAUAGUAUAGAGGAAGCCCAUAAGGCCAAAGAAGAGUGCCUGAACACCCUAAAAGCUAAGAAAGGUCAGCGAAAACUGAUCACAUUCGACCUUCCACCUGAUCAGCCACAGAUGAAAAGUAUCUUCUCGGGUCUUGCAAGUCCCAAAGAAUCGCCCAAGAGUCAUCAGGCUACUAGUGGGCAAAAGGAAGAAGAGAAGAUUGUUGUAACUGUAAAGAAAAGGGUUAAAGAUGGAAAAAGAGAUGUAAGUUUUGAGAAGAAAGAAGCCCACAAGCCUGAAGAAGGAUGCCAGCAGCCCCAAAAGGAAAGGAAAGUAGAGCGAAAAUGUAUCGUUUUCGAUCUGGAACCGGAUCAGCCUGAGGUGAUCAGAAGCAUCUCAGGCCUUUCAAGACCUCUGCCUCGACAUCGGCCCCCACACACGACCACGACCCGGAAGAAAACUGGAUAA